AUGGAUCAUCCAAUGGGGUCGAACACGAGUAGCGAUGACUACACCGACGGACAUCUCGGCGUCAUCUCAGGGGACUAUAUCUGGUCGCCGAGCUAUAGGCCACAGACCAUGGAGCGCCAGUCAUCGAUGCCGAUCGAAGCACCUGACUCUUCGAAACCCUUCAGGUUCCUUGAUCUUCCCAGCGAACUGCGCAUCCAGGUCUACAAACAGCUCGAGCCAGACCUCAUGCGUUGGGGUAUGAGAAUUCAUGUCUCACGCACAGAACGGUUGAGCAAAUAUCGAAUCGAUUCCAUACUAUUGAAUCAACGAAAUCGGGAUCUACUACCUCAUCGGAGGAACCUACCGCCCACGCUCAAAGACGUGGAAGCAGCUGCUACUGAUUGGACGUCGUUAUCGAAGCAGAAGCUGAGCUGGCUGGACGGACGGACUGGUCGCGAAACAUGGAUGUACUACAGCACCAUCACCCAAGAUGACGUAUUUACGGGGCUGCAGGCACUGAUUGAUCUAGCUUACACGUGCCGCACUACGCGCGACGAGAUCUUGCAGAAGCUCGUACGAUACAUUCAGGCAUCCGACGUUGGUAUUGCGGGGUGGUACGGCGUCACACGACCUUUUCUUUCAGCGACAAUCACAGAACUUAAGAUACUCAAGCCACUGCUCGUCGCAGAGAACUAUCGGCAAAGAUGGUUCGCGCAAAUCAUCUCGCAGUUUCCUGCUCUCGAGGCGCUUUUCAUCAAGGUUCAUACACACAAGGACUCAGAGAUCUGGGGCACAGAGUAUGCGCUUGAUGAUCUGCGGAUGAUGAAGUACAUCCUGAAUGAAUCCCAAGUAGAGGUGGCGGUAAACUCUGGUGGCACGUGUGAGGCUUCAGGGAUGAAAGACGGACAGUGCAGACCAUGGGUCGGACUUUUCACGGAGAAGCACUUCGAGCAACAAGCUCAGAACGACGCUGAGUGGUUCGACUCGUUCAUUGACAUCGAGGGAGAGCUGAAGCGUGCCUUGACUCUGAAGAGGAAGCGUGCUCAGAUGCCUUGA